AUGGCCCCGCACGACGUCCACGACGGCUCCAUGAUCCUCCUCAAGCCCGGCGAAGUCGAUGCCGGCACCUCCAUCAUCGCCGUGCGGUUCCACGACGGCGUCGUCCUGGGCGCUGACUCGCGCACGUCCACGGGCACGUACGUGGCCAAUCGCGUGAGUGACAAGCUCACGCCGCUGCACGACCGUCUCUUCUGCUGUCGCUCGGGCUCUGCGGCCGACACGCAGGCGCUGAGUGACUACGUGCGGUACUACCUGAGCUCCCACAGCGUCGAGCUCGGGCGCUUGCCGACGGUCCACGCGGCCGCCACGCUCUUGCGCUCGCUGUGCUACCACAAUAAAGACCGCCUGGUGGCCGGAAUGAUUGUCGCGGGCUGGGACAAGGUGAAAGGCGGGCAGGUGUUUUCGAUUCCCAUUGGCGGAAAUAUGGUCGAGCAGAAUGUCGCUAUUGGCGGCAGUGGCUCGACGUAUAUUUAUGGCCUCGUGGAUGCCGAGUAUAGGCCGGACAUGACCAAGGAAGAGUGCCAGGCGUUUGUCAAGAAGGUGCUGGCCCAUGCGAUGGCGCGCGACGGGAGUUCGGGUGGUGUCAUCCGGACGGUCACGAUCACCGAGAACGAAGUGGUGCGCGACUUUACGAGUGGCGACGACCUGCCCUUCUCCAUCUAG